CCCUGAAAACAGGCGCGGCCAGUCAGGCGAACAGAAGCGCAGGCCCCGCCCAGGCCGGCCUUGUCCGGGUCCGCGGUGGUCUCAGCCAGUCCGGCUUCUAGGAUGCGCGCGCAAUUUCCCGCAAACCCGGAAGCGGACCGUUGUGGGUGAACGCCUAGAGCGCAGUUUCCGGUAGACCCGGAAGCCGAUCGCAUGGAGGAACUGUUUCGCAGCAGCGCGCCUCCCUUUCCCAGCCACUGGUUCUCCUGAUCUCGAGUGUGGGGAGUGACUUCAGUCUCCUGACAUCCAGUGUUCUCUCGAGCCAGCUUCCAGCCCACCGAAAAUGAGCUCUUCCGGAGAUGGGCAUCUUAUUCCAAUCCCCUCCCCGUGAAUGUGUGGAGAACAAAAGAUGGGAACGAGUCGGGGGAAACAGGAAAUUUUGAAAGAGAAAUGAAGAAUGAGAGAACCAUUAAAAGACAGCAAAGUAGAAGGUGAUCACGUGAGAGGUUCGCGGAGACACGGUGAAAGAAGGUUCACAAAUUUUAAGAAAGGGAGAAUAAAGUGGAAAAAUCUCAGAGGGAAUCCACUCAACAGAUGAGGUACCUUAACCACAUGGAUUCACUUCCAAAGAGACAUAUUAUGCAAGGAAGCAACUCGGAAAAUGAAAGAGAAGGAGUCAGGAAUGGCCCUUAUUCAGGGACCCUUGAAAUUCACGGACGUGGCUGUAGAAUUCUCUCAGGAGGAGUGGAAAUGCCUGGACCCUGUACAGAGGACUUUAUACAGGGACGUGAUGUUGGAGAACUACAGGAACCUGGUCUCCCUGGGAAUCUGUCUGCCUGACCUGAGUGUUAUCUCCAUGUUAGAGCAAAAGAAAGAUCCCUGGAUUCUGCAGAGUGAAGAGAAAAUAGCAAACAAUCCAGAUGGCAGGGAAUGCAUCAAAGGUGUGAACACAGAGAGGAGCUCUAAAUUGGGAAGUAAUGCACGAAACAAGCCUUGUAAAAGUCAACUUGGAUUCACUUCUCAGUUACAUCUGAAUGAUCUGCAGCUAUUUCAAGCUGAAAGGAAAAUUUCUGGGUCUAAGCAUAUUGAAAAACUCAUCAAUGACAACUCCUCAGUUUCACUGCUUGAAAAAAUUUCUUCCGGUGUCAAAUCCCACCUUUUAAAUAAACAUAGAAAUAUUUUUGAUGAUGCUCCAUUACUUCCACAAGAACAGAAAGCACACAUUAGGGAAAAAGCUUAUAAAUGUAAUGAGCUUGGCCAAGUCUUUAGAGCAUCUGCAAGCCUUUCUAACCAUCAAGUAAUCCAGAAUGCAGAUAAUCCUUACCAGUGCAAUGAAUGUGGCAAGGUCUUUAGUUGUAGUUCAAAGCUUGUGAUACAUCGAAGAAUGCAUACUGGAGAGAAGCCUUACAAAUGUCAUGAAUGUGGCAAGCUCUUUAGUAGCAAUUCAAACCUUUCACAACAUCAAAGAAUUCAUACUGGAGAGAAACCUUACAAAUGUCAUGAAUGUGACAAGGUCUUUCGAAGCAGUUCAAAGCUUGCACAACAUCAAAGAAUUCAUACAGGAGAGAAGCCUUACAAAUGUCAUGAAUGUGACAAGGUCUUCAAUCAAAUUGCACACCUUGUACGACAUCAAAAAAUUCAUACUGGAGAGAAACCUUACAGUUGUAAUAAAUGUGGCAAGGUCUUUAGCCGCCAUUCAUAUCUAGCAGAACAUCAAACAGUUCAUACUGGUGAGAAACCUUACAAAUGUAAAGAAUGUGGCAAAGCGUUUUCAGUGCGUUCCAGCCUCAUAACCCAUCAGUUAAUUCACACUGGAAGGAAACCUUACAAAUGUAAAGAAUGUGACAAGGUCUUUGGGCGCAAGUGUUUACUGACCUCUCAUCAGAGAAUUCAUACUAGAGAGAGACCUUAUGGAUGCAAUCAGUGUGGCAAGAUCUUUAAUCAGAAAUCAGACCUUAUACGACAUCGAAAAAUUCAUACUGAUGAGAAACCUUACAAAUGUAAUAAAUGUGGCAAAGCAUUUAGAGAGUUUUCAGACCUUACUGCCCAUUUUCUAAUCCAUAGUGGAGAGAAACCUUACGAAUGUAAAGAAUGUGGCAAAGUCUUCAGGUACAAGUCUUCUCUAACCAGUCAUCGUAGAAUUCAUACUGGAGAGAAGCCUUACAAAUGUAACAAAUGUGGCAAGGUCUUCAGUCGUAGUUCAAACCUUGUAUGCCAUCAGAAAAUUCAUACAGGAGAGAAGCCUUACAAAUGUAAUGAAUGUGGCAAGGUCUUUAAUCAAGCGUCAUACCUUACAAGACAUCAAAUAAUUCAUACUGGAGAGAGGCCUUACAGAUGUAAUAAAUGUGGCAAAGCAUUUCGAGGGUGUUCAGGCCUUACUGCCCAUCUUGCAAUCCAUACUGAGAAGAAAUCUCAUGAGUGUAAAGAAUGUGGCAAGAUCUUCACUCACAAGUCUUCCCUCACCAAUCACCAUAGAAUUCAUAUUGGAGAGAAGCCUUACAAAUGCACCCUGUGCAUUAAGGUCUUUAGUCACAAUUCUGACCUUGCACAGCAUCAGAGAAUUCAUUCAUGAGAGUCCCUACAAACUGUGUAUGGCAAACCAUCAUCAUGAAUUCUAGCAUUAAUCAACAUCAGAGAGUCCAUACUAACUGGAAAUCAUAAAUUUGUGUGACACAGGCUUUAUCAAGGCCUGCCAAAUCACUAGACAUCACCACAUCACUGUGGAGGGUGAAACCACACAGAUGGAUUGUGUGUACUCGGGUCAUUAUUCAAGGACCAUUACUGUAGAACACAGAUAGGAUUUACACAAGAAGUAACUCAAUCUCUAGUUCUCUGAUAUUAAUCUAUGAUAUUGCAUUCUGCAGAAUAAUGCUAAGUCAACGUAUGAUUCUCAUGACAUGAUGUAUAUCAAAGGUGCAACGGUAUGUAAAUGACCAGUUUUAUUCAGGCUACAAAAAAUUCAAUUAUUGGGGGUCUGUAGAAAAGGCUACUUUAUGACUUUAAAAUCUCUUCACGUGCCUUCGAUACAGGCCAUUCACUGUGGUCCCUGGGAAAGAAUCAGUAGGAUGACAGGGCUGACUUCAUUAGCUGAGGAUUAUUUCCAGUUUCCUGAUGAAGAAGGACAUUGCCUUUUCAGAUUAAAUAUUAUCUGAUUUAGAGAGCAUGGAGAAGUGGGCAGAGUAACAUAAAACUCUGAUAACCAUCAUCAUACUGUGGCAGUCAACACACUUUCUCCCGACCUAAGUGCACAGUGCUUCAGUUUCCACCAACUGACCAUGAAAUAGAGUAUGCCGUGAUCUUAAGGCAUGGGUUAUUAAUGGGAAGAGAGUAAUAGGUUGCUAGUGUCUGAUUAUAUAGUAGAAAUAAUGCAAGGAAAAAGGUAGACGCUUUCUCCAUUGAAUAGCAGUAGCUGCUGUUUAGCAAAGACUGAUGAGAAAUAGUUUUGUUUUGUUUUGUUUUAUUCCCCUGAGAUAAGAGUCUCACUCUGUUGCCAAGGUUGGAGUGUAGUGGUGUGUUCUUGGCUCACUGCACCCUCCACCUCCUGGGUUCAAGCAAUCCUUCUGCCUUAGCCUCCUAAGUAGCUGAGACUACAGGUGUGUGCCACCACACCCAGUUCAUUUUUGUAUUUUUUGUAGAGACAGGGUUUACCAUGUUGGCCAAGCAGGUCUCCAACUCCUGACCUCAAGUGAUACGUGCACCUCAGCCUCCCAAAGUGCUGGGAUUACAGGCAUGAGCCAUUGCGCCCAGCCUCAUUUUUGAAAUGGAAGAAAGAACAGAUAUCACAGUUGAGCGUUUAAUCAAAAUGACCAGAUCAGCAUAUUCUUUUUUUAUAUGACACAGAGUCUCACCCUUGUCACCCAGGCUGGAGUGUAGUGGCACAAUCUCGGCUCACUGCAACCUCUGCCUCCCUGGUUCAAGCAAUUCUUCUGUCUCAGCCUCCCAAGUAGCUGAGAUUACAGGUGCGUAUUUUUAGUAGAGAUGGGGUUUCACCAUGUUGGCCAUGCUGGUCUCAAACUCCUGACCUCAGGUGAUCCAUCCGCUUCAGCCUGAAAGUGCUGGGAUUACAGGCAUGAGCCACCGCGCCCAGCCAGAUCAGCAUAUUCUUGAGUAGGAUUCACAUUUAGUUCUUGGCAUUAUAAGUUGAAACUGUUUGAUUUAGAAUGUCUGUAGCUCUCAUGUUUGUAGUAAUAAAGUUUCAUUUUUCCUAAGU